AUGUUGUUUUUUUUUGUUUGUAACAUUAAUCAUGGACGUCGCUUCUUAGUUUUCGGCGUUUUGUUGAAAAAUAUCGCAAAAAUGUGUAAUUAAUUUGUAAAUCGAGUGUUUUUUUAACGUUGUCGUAUAACAGAAAAUGGUAACGAUUGUUGACGAUUUAGAUUCUUUAACUUUGCAAGAACCAAUUUUCAAGGAUGUCAAAUAUUAUGUUUCUGGCGAUGUCUCGGAAAGGAUUAUUCAGUUACUUCAGUCAGGUGGAGCGGAGAGCACAAAAUAUUUCUCUGACUAUGUCACGCAUCUAAUUUGUGGCCAAAAUGCUGCGGACACUGACAUCGACGAAGCCCAGGAUAUCUACCAGAUACCUGCAGUGACCGAGCAUUGGGUGCUUGCGUGUGCGCGUCUCAAAAAAUUGGCAGACCCUAAGCCUUACAUCCCUCUUAAAAAUAAGAUAUUUACUAACAUAGUUUGUUGCAUAUCUAGAGUGAGUGUUGCUGACGCUAAAGCCUUGUUCGCUGUUAUCACAUAUCAUGGUGGAAAAGUAAAGUUGAACUUGGACUCUCAGUGUACUCACCUGAUCUGUGGAACGGCUGCAGGGAGAAAAUACAACGCUGCACUCACACUUCCUUCCUCAAGAAUUAAGAUAGUGACUCCUGAUUGGGUGUUAGAGAGUAUUAGGGCUAGAAUUCAAGCGGUGACUGAUAUAUUUCACCCUAAGCUGCUAAUAGUGCCUCAACCUCCUCCGAAAGCAAUGGACCGUAUCAGUGCUAUCACAGGAUUCGACUUUGAAGAAGGUAUUGCUAAAAACGAAGUGCCCACACAAAAUAUGGCUGAGAACAAGGAUGACAGUACACAGGCUUUGUUAGAUAAACUCAAACAAAGAAUGCCGUGGAACCAUCCUCCAGCCAGUUCUAGUGCGUCUGCUCCUACAACACCAAUCAGUUCCAUGGGAUACACAUCAACAUCUAUGCCAACAAACAGUAUUAUGAGCAAGUCUAUACCUCAGGGAAUAGUGACUCAGAAUGUCCAGUUACAAGGCAACCAGGGUAACCAACAGCUGCUACAGAAGUUUGGGCAGCAAAAUGCUGUGGUAUCACAAGCCGGUAUGAGUUUGCAGUCUCAACAACUGAACAUGCAGCAGCAGCAACAACAACAGCAGCAGCAGCAACAGCAGCAGCAGCAACAACAACAACAGCAGCAGCAACAACAGCAACAACAACAGCAAUACCAAAGCCAACAGCAACCACAUGGACUGACUGCAAUACAAAUACAACAGCAAAAGAUGUUGCAGCAACAUCAACUUAAAAUGCAAAUGAUGCAGCAGAAUAAGCUUGGCAAUCAACAAAACCAAUCAGGGUUUCAGCCUAAUGUGUCAGUUUCUCAAAUGUCACAGAACUUGCAGGGUCAGUUACAGCAACAUAUACAGAAUAAUCAACAUCACUUACAGCAGAACAUCAACCAGCCUCCGACCACAAUGAGCUCAGCUCAGCAGCAUAUUGAGAAUAUAAGUCAGAUGCUGAGUCAAAGUGCUAACAACUUGCAACAACAGCAGAACAUGGCAAUGAAGCAAAGCUUGAGCUUAAGCCAGCAAAGUGCUUCUCAAGCUGUGCAGAACAUUGCCCAGCAGUUAGCACAAUCCACUCAGAAUCUACAAAAUGCUAAGCUUAGCCAAAAUCUAGGACAAUCACAAGUCAUGAGCCAACAAUUAAUUAACUCAGGACAGCAAAUGUCACAACAAAAUCAAAAUUUAAUUCAACAGCAAACUGUUCAGUCUAUAUCUAACCAACAGAAUAUUAAUAUGGGAGUUGUCAGUCAAGGUCUUGUGACAUCAUCUCAAGGGCAGUCUGGACAGGGAGUCCAACUCAAUCAGUUGGUUAAUUCCAACCAACAGACUGUCCUUGGUCAGCAAAUACAGUCAGUCCAACAGACUAUACAGAACCAGCAAAAUACUAAUGUUCCAGUGCAAGGGGCAUGGAGGCAGCAAAAUAUACAGAUGGUACAAAAUGUCCAAGGCCAACAUCAGAUUAUAAGGAAUCCCCUGGUCCAGACCCGAGCACCUCAAAACCAAGUUAUAUUGCAACAACAAAUAAUGCAGACCCAACAACAGGCUUUGAUAAACAAUCAACAACCACAGCUGAGCCCACAACACACUAUACAACAGCCUCAGCAAAUACUCCAACAGUCAAUUGGUGGGCAAGGCCAGCAAAUAAACCAGACACACCAUCAAAUAUUGUUCCAAAAGCAGCAACUGUUGAGCAGUUCAGGUCAGCAGCAGAUAGUGCAAGCUCCACAGCAGGUGUUGAUCAACCAGCAUACAGGACAACAACAGAUACUGGUGCAUGGAAACCAGCAGGUUACCCUGCAAGGAGGCCAGCAGAUAGUUUCUCAAAGCCAAAUAGUACAUCAAGGAGGGCAGUUGGUGAACCAAGGUGGACAACAGAUAAUAACCCAGGGCGGCCAGCAGGUUUUGACACAGGGUGGUCAGCAUGUAAUAACUCAGCAAGGGCAGCAACAUCAAGUUGUGAUUGCUCAGUCGUCCCAGCAGAUUGUGACUCAGUCUGGGCAACAGAUACUGGGGCAGGCUGUGGGUCAGACACAGCAGGUGUUGACCCAAAUGCCGCAGUCCCCACAGGCUGGGUCGCAGCUGUCUGCGGGCGGCAGCAUCCAGCAGAUUAUCACGCACGGCGGGGGGCAGCAGAUAGUGUCCCCUGGGGGUCAGCAGAUUGUGCAAGGUGGGCAGAAUGUGUCGUGGCAACAGCAGCAGUACUUGCAGCAGAGGCAGCAGAUUGCUCAGCCAGGAACUGUUGCACCUAGGGUGUCGUGGACGGCGGGCGGCGGCGGGCGGCAGCUGAUCCACCUGGACGCGCAGACGCACGCGCAGCUGCAGCAGAUGAAGCCGCAGGAGCGCGCCGUGUUCGUCGCGCAGCUGCAGAAGCGGCGUCAGCUCUCACUGCAGCGACAAGCUGCCAUCGCACAGCAACAGCAGCCGGGCGUGGUGACAGGGUCACCGGGUGCGCCGGCACCGGCUGGAGCUCAGAGCGUGACCUUCAUACGCAGCCAACUUGCCCCGGGCCUUGCUCAGCAACAACAAGUGCCCGUACAAUGGCUACAGCAGCAAGGAGCUAGAGCGACAAUACCAGCCGCUGCGCCUGCGCCGCCCCCGCAGUCGCCCGUGGGCGCAGCGGGCGUGUCGAGCCCCGCGGCGACCCCCGGGCCCGAGUCGCAGAUGCAGCAGCUGCACCUGCAGCGCCAGCAGCAGUACCAGCGGCUGCAGCAGCUGCAGGCGCAGCGGGACCACGUCGCGCACCACGCCGCCGUCAAACAAGUACACGCCACUCCUGCUUCCCCUAUAUCUUGCCAGAUUGUAUCCACAUUAGAAAAGGUGCCCCCCGUGGCGCAGCACGUGGUGGGCGCGGCGCUGUCCGAGCCCCCCGCGGACGCUCUGCUGGCCCCCACCACGCCCGACCAGCAGCAAGGCAACGCUCUUCUCGUGAACCCGAAGACAAAAACCGCACUCGCAAACAUGCUUAGCAUCAGGCUUCAGGGUGGCACAGCUAGUGACCAUGAGCCUUCCGCAGCCGGCACGCUGCGGCUCAUGACGGCGGCGCACGCGCGGCCCGGGCCCGCCGCGCCGCGGCUGCUGCUGCAGCAUGCGCACGCACACCCCCACCACAAGGUAUACGCUCCGCCCGCACGACCUCCACCUGCGCGUGCGCAGUUCUACGGUCACAAUCCCAACCUCAAACUACCACCGGACCUGUUCCUGUUGGGAUGCGUGUUUCAUAUUGUGGAGUAUCAGCAAUCGUGGGGUGCUGAGCGCGUGGCCCGCUGGGCGGAGGCGAUACAGCGGCGCGGCGGCGAGCUAGAACCCGUGUACUGCGCCAGGGUCACGCAUGUACUGUGUGAAACGCAGAAACACGGCGUUGUCAUGCAGGCUCUCCGCGACGCCAAGCGCUGCGUGACGGCGUACUGGUUGUCGGACGCGAUGCUGCGGAGGGGCGUGGUCCCGCCGUGGCACGCGCUGCACCUGCCCAGCAUGUACGCGGCGCGGGACCGGCCCGCCCGACACCACCGCGCCGCGCUCUCCGGCUGGCGCGCCGAGGAGAGGGACAGAGUCACCUUCUGUCUCGAGCACGUCGGCGCUAAGCUAACUCCAUACAUGACGCGGGACAACACGGUACUGAUCUGCAAGCGGGCGGAGGGCAACAAGUACCGGCGCGCGCGGGAGUGGGGCAUACCCGUGGUCACGGCCGCCUGGCUCACGGACCUGCUGCUGGGGAACAUGAGCGCGCUGUCACAGAUCGAGAACGCAAAAUACCAACAGUUCAACUUGACGAGUCCAUUCAGAAUGGAUUACAGUUUAGUGUCACAUUUAAUGAACGCGUGGAAAAUGCCAAUCAACAUAACUCAGGAGUCCCACGAGCGGGCCAAGCGCUCGGCGGCAGCGGCGUGCGUGGCUGCGGGCGGGCGGCGAGCCAAGCGCGCGCGGCUGGCGUCGCCGCCGCCCGCGCUGAGCCAGCCGCCGCCGCAGCCGCCGCCGCUGCAUCUGGCGCCGAGGGUCGCCUUCUCCGCGCUCUCGCCGCAUCUGCAGCAUAAACUACCCGCUAUCGUCAGGCAACUAGGCGGUCUCGUGGUGACAUCAGCGGCCGAGGCCACUCACCUCGUGAUGGACAAGCUGGUGCGCACGUGCAAGCUGGUGAGCUGCCUCGUCACCGUCAAGCAUCUGCUCACGCCCGACUGGGUGCUGGAGAGCCAGCGACUCAACAAGUUCGCGGACGAGGCCAAGCACGGCCUGCGGGACGAAGCCUUCAACAAAAUGUUCAAUUGCGAUAUCUCCGAACUCCUACUAUGCGGCGAACAGAGAAAGAAACUCUUCGACGGCGUCACCUUCUUCCUCACUCCCUGCGUGAAGCCCGCGAGAGGUGCCUUAACAGAAAUGAUCGAGCUUUGCGGAGGAAAGGUGGAGAAGAACAGACGCUCCUACGUCUCCAUACAAGAAAUGCACAACCAGAGACCGUACAGUUACCUCGUGCUGACCGUACCCAACGACCUGCAUCUAGUGUAUUACCUGCUGCAGUCGGAAAAGACGUUAAACGUGGUGUGCAGUACCGAGGUAGUGCUAUCCGCCAUUAUGAGGCAAAAACUACAAGUUGAAGAGUUUCUCGUCAAAAUAGACUAGAAUAUACUGUCUUAACUGUGGAACUAAGAGGAACAGGUGUUACAUAUAUCGAAUUUGUCUAUUUACAGUUUUACGUGUAUGAGCAAAAGAAUUGACAAUAUUGAAAGUGUUUAUAUAACUCGUGUCUUCGAUGUUAAUAGCAGAUUACUUAAAAUAUUCGAUUCCAAUGUUUAUAGAUUUAUAAAUGUGAUAUGCAUUUGUUGUUGACUUUGGUCAACGUAAAAGAAUAGUAUUACGACCGUUGCAAUUAACUUCUGCGAUUAUUUUUGUUUUGGAAUCUCCAUUUUAUUUUUUUACAUUAUCUCUUGUUAAAAGUUCGCAAGUUAAGUUCAAUUUCUAUGCUUUGUUAAAUUUUGAAAGAAUAAUGCAUGUUGCGUUUAACUAAUAAGGAGAAGUUUUUGAAGUAUAUUUUUCAUUUGUGUAAAUAGACAUUUACUACGGUCUGGACCAUGAUGUAUAAAAUGAGAAAAAGAGACAUUAAGAAGUAUAUUAUAGUAUGUUUAUAAUA